ACCAAUAACAGUGCCACCACCAGGCUUUCCACCACCACCUGGCGGCCCUCCACCAUCCCUCAUACCCACAAUAGACAGUGGACAUUCUUCUGGCUAUGAUGGUCGUUCUGUUCGUGCAUUUUCAUAUGGCGGUGUCACCUUUCCGCACCUUGCAGGUUCUGCUCCAUCGUGGUCUAGCCUUAUGGACACCAGCAAACAGUGGGAUUACUAUGCACGGAGAGAGAAGGAUAGGGAACGCGAGAGAGAGCGAUCCCGAGAUCGGGACCGGGACCGAGACAGAGACCGAGAACGUACCAGAGACAGGGAAAGGGACCGAGAUCACAGUCCAACUCCAAGUGUGUUCAACAGUGAUGAAGAACGAUACAGAUACAGAGACUAUGCAGAAAGAGGCUAUGACCGCCAUAGAACAAGUAGAGAGAAAGAAGACAGACACAGAGACAGGAGACACAGAGAGAAAGAAGAGACUAGACAUAAGUCAUCUCGAAGUAACAGCAGACGUCGUCACGACAGUGAAGAAGGGGACAGCCACAGAAGGCACAAACACAAAAAGUCCAAAAGAAGCAAAGAAGGAAAAGAAGCCAGUGGUGAACCUGCUCCUGAACAGGAAAACACUGAAGCUGCCUCUGUGGAAUAGGCUUGUGUGAUUUUUGCCUACUUGCAUAUAUAUUAGUGCCAGAAAUAGAUUACUAUAAAUCUUGUUAUUUUUCUGGGUAUUAAAAUAAUUUGCUCUUAAUCUUGUUCUGUUAGUUUGAAAUCAAAUGUCUCUUUGGUUUUUUUUGAAAAAUAAAAGAAUUAAUUUUUCAUGUUAA